UUUUUAAUUUAAUUUAUUCUCAUUUUACUUUAGUUUUAGUUUAAUUUAAACAUGCUCACCUCACAAAAAAUUUUUCUGGAAGACUUUAGUCGAUUAUUUAGCAUAACAACAGCUUCUCACACGCUCGACCACCGUAAAAUCACACAAUUGCAAAUAACGACAAGCACUGAUACAAAAAACUACACGGCUCUUCAGAAAAGGGCACAUUUUAACCAGAUGCAGGGCAAUAAAUGGCAAAGGAAGCGUGUCACCCACUGAGACACAUUCACAUGUUAAAGUGUGUAAAGGAGGAGUUUGAGGGUUUGGUUUAAACUCACUGAGGUCCUUUAACAUGUUAAUUUUACACGCGUCUGUUUGAGGUGUAUAUAAAGGUAUGGAGACAGUCAGAUAUCACAGUUCACAUUUACUCGCUGCUCUUGGAACAGACGGUCAGGAUGCAUGAAGAAACGGGCAAUUCUGCACUGCAGGGAAAAACCUCCUUUUCCAUCGCCGACAUUCUGGAUCCAUCCAAAUUCAACGGGAUGCAUCAGGAGAUGCAGAGAGACGUCAAGACUCGGGAAAGCUCAAUUAAACCUGUAAAUAAAGGCACUGUCAAGACAACUUCUUCUCAGGACACAACAGCUUCAAACAUCCCCAGCGUUUCUGGCACAAAAGGAAAGUCGAAGCGCAUCCGCACUGCGUUCACACUGGAUCAGCUGCGCAUCCUGGAGCGAAGCUUCCAGAACAGCCACUAUCUGUCUGUGUUUGAGCGCCACUGCAUCGCCACAGCCCUCCAUCUGUCCGAAACACAGGUCAAGAUCUGGUUUCAGAACCGACGCACCAAAUGGAAGAAGGAGCAAGAAGGUCAAGAAGGAGAGGAGCAGAACCAUUGCGAACCUCCUGCGUUUGUGCAGAACUCUUUUCUGUACACACUACCUGGACAUCACGCAAAUCCUGUGCAUUAUUACACACCACAAACACCUUACCUGAACCCAUCUUACCAUCACCAGACCCUCAUGAUGUUCUGAUCCACUUCUAUAAGCAUCAGAGAAACUUUUUAGUGUCUAGUUCUUUAGAGUGUUAAACAACAAAACCGAUGUACUGAUCUAAUGAAACAUCAAUAACUUUUUAAUCCCUAGAAGUUUUUGAUUUGAAGUUCUUUGCUCUAAAGAACCAUUGAAGAAAGGCUAUUUUUAAUAGUGAAUGAAUGAACACCAGCAAUAUAUUUAAUGUGAUAUUUAAUUUUUGUAACCAUUGUCAUAAUAUUUAUGUCUUUGACCAUUAUAUUUAUACCACAUUUUAAAUGCAUGUAUUUGUAAUAUUACA